UUUAAAAUAUUUGCGGUAAGGAAACGAAGGUGGUCUUUCAAUUUUCAUUUGUUUCUACUUUAAAUUCUCUCUCGACGCGCCACCGUGUACUCCGCCACUAUCGCCGCCGCUCACGCCUAGGCGUCUCUUCCAUAAGGAGUAGCUCUUUAUUAGCAUUUAAGAGCCAUGCCGACGUUCACAGCAAUAGCUUUGGACAGGUUGAUAGAACCUGGACCUUCCAGAUCUGUCAACAACUCUGAUCCUAAUUCAAAACCACCUAUCCCGAACCCAAAGCCUAUCCCCAGCACAAGGAUGAAGAGGAGCAGCAGUACAUCAGUAACAAGUAAGGUAAAUCGCCCCCAAAUAUCACCAGCCCUAUAUGCUACUCCUGAGGCAACCCCACUGCCUGAUUCGCCAUCUUCUUUCCCUCCUUCUCCUUACAUCAUCAAUCACAAGCGUCGUGGUCCUCGCCUUUUGAAGAGCUUUUCCGAGGACAAUGUAUCAUCUUGGGAGAAAAAAGCCCAUGAAGAAGAUGAGGUUAAUGGGAAUGCAAAGUUGGCAGAAGGCAAUUCUGUUGAUCUACUUAAGGAUUGUUCUGUUACUUUUAGCAUUCAUGAACCUAAUGAAGAGGAACAUGAGAAUGGUGCUCAUAAUGGUCCUAUCAAUGUAGAGCGGGCAAAUAGUGUCCAUGGCGGUUCCAUUAAGGAGGAGCACAUGAAUUGUUUCCAUGAUGGUGAAGUUGGAAGCAGCCAAAUGAAUAAUGGUUUAGCCAUAGAUGCUUCUGUGCUGAAGCCUGGAGCAUUAAACUUGGAAAAAGGUGGAGAUAGUGAAGAUUUCUUUGAUCCCAAUGAAUCAAUGAGCGUCGCAAGUAAUACUGAGGGAGGAGAUGAUGCUGCGGCAGAAAGUGCUGCACGGUUUGCUACACAGGGGGUAGAAUUUUUCGAUGCAUGGGAUGAAUUAUCUUCUGAGAGUUUGCCACAGUCUGGUCCCCAUGAUAUUGAAGCUGAACUGCGGGAAAUAAGAUUGAGUUUACUCACGGAGAUAGAAAAAAGGAAGCAGGCAGAAGAAGCUCUAAACAAGAUGCAAUCCAAGUGGCGAAGAAUCGGGCAAGAGUUUGGUGAUGUGGGAUUGUCACUGCCUGUGGAUCCUCUUGUUGUGACAGAGGAUGAACUAGUGAAUCCAGCCGAAGAACUGCGACAGCAAAUGGGUAUUGCACGGUUCGUAUCAUUAUCCAUGGGAAGGGGCAUCGCAAAAGCAGAGCUUGAGACAGAGAUGGAAGCUCAAAUCGAAUCGAAGAACUUUGAAAUUGCUCGACUAUUGGACCGGCUCCACUACUAUGAGGCCGUGAAUCGGGAAAUGUCUCAGAGGAACCAAGAGGCUGUAGAGAUGGCACGGCGUGAAAGACAACGUAAGAAACGGAAACAAAGAUGGGUCUGGGGUUCGGUUGCCACUGCAAUUACCCUCGGGGCAGCAGCCUUGGCAUGGUCUUACUUCCCAACAGGAAAAGCAUCAUCUUCUGCUAGCAUUGCAAAAGGUCCAGAUCCCGAUAAUCCAACAGCCAAGUAAAUAAUUAAGCCAUUAUUAAUCAUUCAGUACUAGACUAGAGCUUGUGAUAAUCUGUCUGUCAGUGUCGAUCACCGUAGCUAUAGAAUAAGACGCGAAUACAUUCUUUUCUCCCUUUGUGAAUAAUAAUUGCAGUAUCUCAUCCUUGCUUUAGUUUCUUCCAUGAGAUAUCUGAUCUUGAGGAAUGUAUAGUGCAAUCAAUAUAAUUUUUUUGAGUUGUUUUCUUCCCCAGAUAUCUGGGAGGACAUGAAAUUAUCAAAAUUAUAGGUCCUUGUUAAUGUUACCCAAUGAAUUUUUGUCUACCAUAUGAUUAUGAUUAUAAUUUAAUAAUAUAUAUGUACGUUAA